AUGAAGAUCCCGAAGCCCGCUACCUGUCGAAGUCAUCCCGUGGUGUUUCCUCGGGGUUGGUGUCGGUUGGAGGGCCUGGCCUUGAGAAGACCUGACUCUCUGGAAAUUGGAUGUCAAAGGUGCUGUGGCCCUCCUUGCCGCUAUGUGAAGCGCAAAGGCGGAUGUCGUGAUGGGCAGUCGUGCAACAAUUGCCACCAGUGCUUCUGGGUCGGGAAACAGGUUCCACCUGCAAGCGACACGGGUCGACAGCAGGAGGUUCAAGUGAACCCGAAGACUCGUCGCCCUGAUCGUCAAGUUCCGAUGUCAUCUGUGGGAACCGUUGGUCACCCUCUUACCUGCGCAGCGCCCUGCAUGGAAGCCUGGCAGCCAGGUGGCUGCAGCAGGGGUAGUGCUUGCCA